AUGAAGACGGAUUUCAAGGUGAGCAGACCCUGCGCCGUCACUGCUUGUACCAGCUUGCUGAUUUCACGCCAGUUUUCAAAUCUUCUCGGGACCGUCUAUCGCAAAGGGAAUCUCUUGUUCACUCCCGACGGCUCCUGUCUGCUCUCUCCGGUUGGGAACCGAGUCUCUGUCUUUGACCUGGUCCACCUUAGAAACACCUCCUAUACCCUCCCGUUCGCACACCGGACAAAUAUUGCCCGCAUUGAUUUAUCUCCCCGAGGCAACCUCCUGCUCUCAAUCGACGAGAAUGGCAGAGCUAUAUUGACCAAUUUCUCGCGACGGCUGCCCAUCCAUUAUUUUACGUUCAAAUCCGCUGUGAGCGCACUCUCGUUCUCGCCCUCUGGUCGUCAUUUUGCCGUGGGGGUCGGCCGGAGGCUACAGAUAUGGUGCACACCGUCUACUCCAGGCUCUGGCACCAGCGGUGAGCUAGAGUUUGCUCCUUUUGUGCUUCACCGAGAUCUAGCCGGCCAUUUCGACACAAUACAAAACAUCCAUUGGUCCAGCGAUUCGAGAUUCUUGUUGACUGCAUCAAAAGAUCUAACUGCGAGGAUAUGGAGUGUGGAUCCGGAGGAGGGGUUUGAACCAACAACUUUGGCGGGACACCGUGAUGGGGUUAUUAAUGCCUGGUUUUCCCAUGAUCAGGAGUCUGUGAGUGAUAUUGGAGAGAUAUUCAACCAAAGCUACUAA